CACACACACACACACACACACACACCCCUCGAUCCAACACACUCACACACACCACCCCACCCCCAUAUUUGGACGGCGCAUACAUAGCUAAAAACGAAGUACAGUGCAACGCCAUAAUUCACUAAUACAUCAUAAAUCGUUGAAAGUACCCGCGUUAUAACGACCAAGAGAAAUCUAACAAAUCAAGCGCCCCUUAGUACUCAACUGUAAGCCUGCAACUCUCUAAAACAACCUAAAUGAGCUCUUACUUUGUAAACUCGUUCUCGGGGCGCUACCCAAAUGGCCCCGACUAUCAACUGCUAAAUUAUGGAGCCAGCAGCGGCGCAAUGAACGGCGGGACGUACAGGGACUCUUCCUCCGCCACCAUGCACCAUGCGACGGGCUCUUACGGCUACAGCUACAAUGGCAUGGACCUGACCGUCACCAACCGGGGAGGGGGCAACAGCGGCACCGCCAACCCCGGAGGACACUUCGGAGGAGGCUCGGUCGUCGGGGACUCCCUGGGCUUCGGUUCCUCAGUCUCGGAGAGGGGCUUCAGACAACCGUCCAGCUGCUCCCUCGCCUCAGCGGCAGAUUCCCUCCUGUCACCCGGCAGUGGAGACACCAAACUGGGCGCACAGAGCUCCUCUCCCCGCUCGGAGCAACCAGGAAGCGGUAAUCUCAGCUCUCCAAACCUGUCCUCCUCCAACUCUUCCUCCGGCGGCGGUGGCGGCGGAGGCGGCGGCACGGCGCAGCAUUUCACGGAGCUGGACGACGCGUCGCCAGACAACGAGGAUAUGCAGCACAACCGGGACACCGGCCACAGCGGCAACCCGUCGACCAGGAGCGGGCACCCGCAGAAGCAGGAGGGCGGCUCGGCGGGAUCAGCCGCUGGCAGCACGACGGGCAGCGACGGGCAGGCACCACAGAUAUUCCCCUGGAUGAGAAAGCUGCACAUUAGCCAUGAUAUGACGGGCCCGGACGGGAAACGAGCUCGGACGGCAUACACCCGCUACCAGACCCUCGAGCUGGAGAAAGAGUUCCAUUUCAACCGGUACCUCACGCGGCGGCGACGGAUCGAGAUCGCGCACGCGCUCUGCCUCACGGAGAGACAGAUCAAGAUCUGGUUCCAGAACCGGAGGAUGAAGUGGAAGAAGGACAACAAACUGAAAAGCAUGAGCCUCGCCACCGGCGGCAGCGCCUUUCAACCAUAGAAAUUAAUCUCCCUCCCCCACCUGAAAGAAAAGAAAUAAAUAUUCCGUCCAUCUCUUUUUUUUGUUUUGUUUUUCGGAAAGGUUACUACCACGCGCAGGCUUCAUGUGGAGGAGACAAAGAGACACAAAGCAGUCGAAAAAAUAAAAAAAUAAAUCAAGAAAACUUGAAGAAAAGAAUACGAGAAGAAGCCAGAAGAAAUGGAGACGGCGAUGAAGAAACAAGCAGAUUCCAAAUCUAGAUUUUAAAAAACACUUCCUAUCAUCAGCUGAGUACUGUACAGCAGCGCAGCACUUUUUAUUGGUUCCGCAUGUUGGUCUUUUUGGUGUUUUAGGGCAACGUAAGAAAAAAAUAAUGACUGUGGUACUUGCUCUUGUGUAUAUAUAUAUAAAACAAAUCAAAACUUGUAGUGUUCCUGUAUGUUGUCGUCGUUUUUAAAAUAGCUGUCCUGAGGAGAGAGGAGAGGAGUCCACAUAAGGAAAGGAUGAAUAAUGCUACCUAACUAUACGUUUCUACCUUACAUCCUACCUUACAACCUUGCUACCUACCUGUUGUUUAAUGUCUAAAUAUCGUUUCAUGUGGAUGUUUUGUAAUUGACAAAGUGCUUUCUAGAGAAGUUCGCAUGUGAGCUCUUAUUGUAAGUUAUUUACAGCCAAUUACGCGUGUAUAGCCUUCUAGUUCGAGCCCCCUCCAUCUCUCUGUCAGUUACCUGCCAUUCAAAUCUGCUCCUAUUUUUAUUGAGGAAGCAGGGGAGGUGUGUAUGUGUGUAUGUGUGUGUGUUUGUCUCAAAACAAACCUGCCUACAUCUCCGUAUCCAUCCAUAAUGUUGUUGUAUAGCUCUAUUAUUCACAAAAAAGUGUAACUGUAUAUUAUUGUUAUUAUUAUUGUAAUUAUUGAAUCCAUGUUUCAGAAAGGAUGUAUAUAGAUAUAUAUUGACAUUUUUAAAUGUGACCAGUUGGCUAUUUGUAGUUGCAGUAUGCGUGGGAGUGAGUGUGUGUGUGUGUGUGUGAUGAAUGAAUGUGUAUGUGUGUGUGUAGGGAUGUAAAAGGAAAUGGCUACCGUCCUGUGAGGCCUGUAAGCUUUCUGCCAAUGAGCUUUUUGUAUUUGUUUGUAACUUGGAGUAAAAAAAAAAAAAAACAACAACAAUAAAGUUACUCAUACUCAUCAAAA